AAAGCUUAAAUGAUCGAUAUAUGUACGUCCAUAUACGCAAUACGCGAGAAUACAAGUUACAACACAGAUCACAGUCAGUCACGCUCACACCUGGAAGCUCUUGGUCUGAGCUCUUUCUUACUCUGGACCGACAUGCAUGGGUCAUGGCUGCGCCGCAUGCCCAGCGAGCGUUCAGGGGCCAUGCUCGCUCGAUAAUUAAAUGCCCCGCCCAGAGGCUCGCCAGGCGGCCAGCCAGGGCCAAGCUCACUCGCUCGGCCGUCUGCGCGUGUGUGCACGUGCUACACCGCGGGCAGCGGCUUGUUGCGCACAGGAGUGGGGGGGGAGGGAGACCUCCGGGGCCGCUGACUCAGCUGAGCCCCAGCGCCUCGAGGGCGUCAGGGUCGUAGUUGGUGCGGCAGUGCUCCCACCACUCUUCUUUGUCGCGCUCGCCGUCGGCGCUGUAGAAAGGGACCAGCGCGAAGAAGCCGAAGAAGAAGAAGACGAGCGUCAGGAAGAUGGCGAAGAUGGCCAGCUUGCCCUUGAGCCGAUCGCUGAGCCCCGCCUGCUGCGGGAUCGGCACCGACAGCUCGAGCCCACCCCGCAGCUUCACCACCGGGAGCGCGUUGCGCACCUAUCAUGACAAAGCACGUUGGGUAUGUGUGUGGUUGUGGAGGCACGCGACGACUCCAGACGGACCCUAGUACGCUCCAAUGUAUCCUCACGGAUGCUAGGAAGUGAAGCCCAGAUAAAGUAGUGUGGGGACGCGGCCCUUGGCCGGGAGGGGGGGGGGCGGGGGGGCUGCGGGCGUGCACGCACAGCCGGGCGGGUGUAGGGCGGACGCCGCCGCGUCCCGCUGCUGUGGCCGGAAAUCGUCUCCGACUGCCACCGCUUGGCUCGCUCCGUGCGCUGCUGCACGGAUCGGAUCGACGCAAGCCGAUCCUGGACGGCCUUGAGCCGUUGCGCGACACGAUCGGGGGAAGACGAGGAAGAAGUGUCCGAGCCCACAUCGAAGGUCUGCGGCGACACCGCCGACGAGAGAGUCACUGGCGAGACUCCCCCCGACCCCGCAACCUAACGGCGCAAGAG